AUGUGGCACCUGUUGAAGCAGCUGCCACCCCCGCUCUUGUCCUCACAUUAUUGCUAUGUAAUUUCCACCCUUGGACUGCUGCUAAACGGAUACCUAAUCUACGCAAUUCUCCGAAGAACCCCGGCAGAACUUCGAGUCUACCGGGUCGUACUUGCGAAUAUAGUACUAUGCGACUUCAUGGCAGCUUUUGGGAAUUUUUGGCUUCAACCCGUCCCCUCGAGCUCGAUGAAGGAGGUGACCAGACCAGCCAACGAUUCGGGUAUCUCCUACGUAAUUAUGGGCCCGGUUGUAUACUUUAUCCACCCGGCCACAAACCAUUUGCUCACCUGCUGUUUUGUAGGGAUCAUCCAAUACGGCAUGCUAGCCGUCCCGCUUUCAUUUGCCUACCGAUACCUUCAGGUGUGCCAUCGGAAUAUUGCUCAGCACGCCAUGCAAUUAUGGAUAAUCGUCCCCGUCUUUUCAUGUCUCUUCCUAAUUGCCGCUGCCGCUGCCGUAUGCAUGCGAUUGGGGGAUAUGCCGAAGGAGGGAGUCGCUGCUUUGGUUGCCUCGUGGUCCGAAUAUUACACCCAUUUCGACGACGAUCCGGACCAGCCAAUGUUCGGAAAUCUGAUCCAUCUGGAUUGGCACGUCUACCUCACGAUUUAUAUUUUUUUGGCCAUGUUUAUCCUCGGGUAUUCAAUGCUCAUUUUGUGUGCAGCUUUAAUAGUCAGGGGCCUCCGUCGAAUGCAAAGGAAUCAAUCGAUAUCCCAGAGAACGAUGAGGUUGCAGAAGAGACUUACAUAUUGUUUAAUGACGCAGUCCCUCCUGCCAAUCCUCUUCGGUGGAACCCCAAUCACGAUGAUUGCCGUAACGAUCGGAUUCGGCUUAUAUACAAAGCUAGUCACCAGUCUCGCGAUGGCCAUCUAUUCUUAUCAGCAAAUUUUCGGGCCGGCGCUGACCGUACUCUUCAUUCCGUCGUACAGAUAUGGGUCCAAACGAUGGAAGGAGAACGCGUCGAAGUUGAUCAACCCGUCGUCGCACAGCAAGGAGCCGGCGUCGAGAAGAUGGUUGAGCCCGAGGAACGUUGUCAAGGUCACAACAACCGCACCAAGACGCCAAUCACAACCUCAGCCUUCGUGCACCCUUGCUACGGUGGCAUCGGAUAUGGCGCGAGCACGGGCUGUUUCCACUUCUGUGAUUCCUAUUAAACAA